CUGCGUGAAAGGUCUCCACAUCAACUUUGGUAUGCCACCAAGAGGCUUCAAAGUGUUGUUGUCUACGAUGAUUGGUCGUUAUCUGCCCUUCCUGGUGGGCUUCAGUAAGGAAGAUGUCCGCCGGCUGUACCCGUACUUUGAGAAGAACGUCUGGGAAACCCUGAGGGAAUCCGGCUACCUCCACAUUCAGGCCACUAAACCAGACACUGCAGGCUGUGGACUGAAUAGCUCACCUGUAGGUUUGGCAGCCUACAUCCUGGAGAAGUUCUCCACCUGGACGGACAGGAAGAACAGAGAUCUGGUGGACGGUGGACUGGAGAGAAAAUUCAGCCUGGAUGACCUCUUGACAAAUGUCAUGAUCUACUGGACCACGGGCUCCAUCGUCUCCUCCAUGCGCUUCUACAAAGAGAACCUGAAGGGCGACCCCAACAAACGAAUCGAUUCAAAGACAGAAAUAUUUGUCCCAACCGGACUGGCUGCGUUCCCUCACGAGCUAAUGCACUGCCCCAAAUCGUGGGCACAACUAAGGUACCGAAACAUCCACUCCUAUAGCUUCAUGCCUCGAGGCGGCCACUUCGCCGCCUUUGAGGAGCCUCAGCUUCUCGCUGACGACAUCAUCCAGUUUGUUCAAAAGGUAGAAAAGCUGUGAACUCUUAAAUGUACUCUCAGACAGAUGCAGUAAUUGUACUGUUUUAUUACGACUGACAUUCUGCACAUACAAAUCUUAUUUUUUUAAUCCUUUUAACACAAUGCACCUUUAUUGCUUGAUUUGUCCCGUUAUUAAAAAUGUUUCUAAAGCUGUAAACAUGGACACUUGUUGCAUUGUUUCCUUAGAUGUGUCAUUAAACUGUUGUUCUGCUCAUUAAAAGUUUAUAUUGCAUUAUCA